AUGGAGCAAUGGAAACCGAUUAGCACUAUAAGGCGUCACUAUCUUCUUGUCUACAAGCCCUCCACUCGCAGUUGCAGUGGAGAGAGAGCAAACUUUCGCCUCAGCUACAGCGCAAUGUCCUGGUUUGAGGUCUUCUUCACAAUCCUACCCAUCGACUACAUUGGAUUUCCCUUUUCCAUAUUCUCACAACUCGUACAUUCUCUAGUCACCCUGCACAGGCUCUCGACUCUUAACGAUCCUGCUUGGGACAAGAAGGGUGCCCAAGAGACUGCAGAUCUGCUCCUCAUCUUGGGUCAGGUAAUCAACAACAUGGAUCAAGUGGCAACCUUUCCUAGGUUAGACAAUGAUGGCAGCACCGAAGGAGACAUAUUCUCCCCAACCGCCAAGAAGUUUCGAUCUAUCCGACAUGAUCAGGAGGAAAAGCUCGGGCCGGACAGCUACAUGGUCUCCACCAUUCCAACGCUGCAGGAUGCAAAUGAGGCUCCUCUUCCUGAAGGUUUUCCGGUCGGUUUCCCCAACAAUGACUGGAUGAUGGAUUUUCUUCUUGUUCCGGAUUACUUUUCUUUGUAG